AUUUGUUCACGUACUGCGUGUCGCCAUUUUCAAAACAGUUGAGCUUUAUUGCGCACGGCAGAAUUGUUCAGCAGAGAAGUUUAAAUAAAGACUCGGAUUGAAUAAUUCAAGGUACAGCCCUUAGUGAUGGUCUGGGGUUUAUUCUACUGGGAGCGCUCCUGUAUCGCAGCGUGCUUCACUAAUAUUACAGGAACUAGUUAGCUUCUCUGGAGCACAUUAGCAACCUUAGCUAGGCUACAGCUAGUUACAUUCCGGUAAACACUGUUUAAGAAGACUGAACGUUAGUUGCUGAUAAGACACCACGCGUUACCGUGUCCGGCAUCACGUGGUGCUUCAUACACUAGUUGAUGUUGUAAUAAAAACAUUAGCUUUUUACACAGUAGUCGGAUAAACUGCAGCUUUGUGUGAGUCUUUCUCGUGCUGCCGGCGCACAGACUGUGGUUGGUGCAGUCGCCCUGAAACCAACAUGAUGGAGCUACCCAACUACAGCAGCCAGCUGAUGCAGCAGCUGUGGGCCUUGAGGAAGGACGAGCACUUCUGCGACUGCACCAUCUUGGUGGGAGAGGGUCGUCAUCGCGCACAUAAACUGGUGCUGGCUGCCUCCAGCAUGCUUUUCAGGUCUCUCCUGGAUGGCUCCGACACCAUCUCCAUCGACACAGCUGUGGUUUCCUCGCAGGAGUUUGGCUGCCUCCUGGACAUGGUCUACACUGGUAAACUGCCUCCAGGUAAACACAACGUCAGUCGCAUAGUCGCCGCUGCAGACAGCCUGCAGAUGUAUGACGUGGCCGUUGGCUUUAAGCAAGUCCUCACCAGCCUGGUGAACCAGAAGCCCCCGGUAUCAGUGAGCUCCGCUGUGCCACACCUCACCGUGACCGACAAAGCCCCGAAUAUGAAGCCUGAAGGCUCAGCCUCGCCCAGCAAGCACAACCCGUCUUCAGACGAGGCGGAGGUGACGGACGAGCUGAAAAAAGAAUCGUUUGAGCAUGACCGCGAUGACGAGCCGGCGAUUAAAAGGGCCCGCGUGGAGCUCCCUGACACAUCAGGGCCCGAAGACAUCAAAUCCUCAGAAGGUGGCGACACGUCGGCAGCCAGGCUGUCCAGCGAGUCUGGUCUCCUCGCCAACACGUCGUCUGUUGUGGAACUGCUGAGCCAAGCAGCAGAGAGCCUGACAGAAAGAGAGCGACAGGUUGUGUGUCGGUGCUGUGAGGAGGCUGAUCCCAGCUCCGUGUCGGAGAAGCUGAUGAGUAAAGUGAAAGAGGGUCAGAUCGGAGAGGAGGGGCUUAUCAAGCUGCUGCGCACCGCCAAGCAGAAAGCUUCAUCGUCCUGUCCCACACAGCUGCUCCCUCUGCUGGAGGAGCUGGAGAGGAGCGUACGGCAGCCCGAUGGCAGCCACACUGGAGCUGACUCAGAGCAGGAGAACAGGAGUGAAGAUCGUGUCCAGGAAGAAGAUGAAAACGGUGACAAGGAGGAGCAGGAAGAUGCAGCUGUAGCAACCGAGUGUUCCCCUCCCUGCUCCUCUCCUGCUUCCUGUCACGCCAAACCUUACUGCUGUCACUGGUGUAAGAAGAGCUUUGAUUACAAGUGUCGAAUGCUAGCACACAUGAAGCGCUGCUCCAUGUCCCAGGAGUGUGAGCAGCAGUGUCCCGAGUGUCCUGAGAAGCUGUCUAAGCGGGCCCUGCAGCGCCACCGGGCCGAGGCUCACCGCAGCGCCACGCGGGUCAAGAAGAAGGCGGCCUGUGACCUCUGCGGCCGCACCUUCGCCCACCCGUCGGGUAUGAUUUACCACAAGCGCACUGAGCACUUUGAAGAGAAGCCGUUUGCUUGUGAUGAAUGCGGCGCGAAGUUUGGUGCAAACUCAUCUCUGAAGAAUCACAUGAGGCUGCACACAGGGGAGAAACCCUACCACUGCAAGCACUGUGACAUGAGCUUCAGCGUGGCUGCUGCACUUGCAUACCACACCAAAAAGAGACACUCUGAGGGGAAGAUGUAUGUGUGCCAGUACUGCAAGGCUGUCUUCGCCCAGUCCAUAGAGCUGACGCGUCACGUGCGGACGCACACGGGAGACCGGCCCUACGUAUGCCGAGAGUGUGGCAAAGGCUACAGCCAGGCCAGCGGGCUCACUGUGCACCUGCACACCUUCCACCACCUGUCGGAGCCCCACGACUGUCAGAAGUGCUGUCUCAGCUUCUCGUCGCUGGACGAGCAUCGGCAGCACAUCCAGGAGUUUCACCCCAAGGAGUUCCACAAGUGUCCCACCUGCAGUAAGCUGUUUACCAGCGCCGCCCUCCUGGACAAACACAAGCCCACGCACACUGGGACAAAACCCUUCAGCUGUGAUCUCUGCAACAAGUCAUACCAGGUGAUACCAGCCAAUCCAACAGGGAGCAGACAGGAAGGGGCGGAGUCUGAGGAGCCAAGGCAGCAGGGGGUUGGUCAGCAGGUGUUUCUAGCUCUGGCAGAUGGGCGAGAGGUGAAAUCAUCAGCAGAGCUGGUGGAGGUGAACAUGUACGACCUUCUGAACAACUCUGUGGCCUUCAUCUGCGAGGACAAGCCAGCAGGCGGCGACUCUGGUUCCCAGCGCCACAAACACGCCUGCAGAAAACAUCAGCAACACUGGCUGCUGCGCUCGUCUGUCCCACAGUCCCAGCUGAUGACAGCCCGACGUUUUCAGUCUGCUCAUGAUUCACGGACACGGUGCAAGCAUAGGUUUGUGUUGCUUUAAAGACAUGACAGCAGUGCUGCUCUGUGGCUCUCAGCACUCAGAUCUCUGCAUGUACAGGUCUGCAUUGUCCCUUAAGCAGUGGGAGCAUUUGUUAGACUCCAGGCGUGGGACUAAAUCACCAAACCGUGAAAGUUUAUGGUCACUGUGGACUGGUACCUGUGAACGCUAAUAAACACGAAAUACCUGACGCUGCUCUGUGGAAUGGUUCCUGCUGUUGCACGAAUAAAACGACUGCAUUUAAGAUUUCUCACCUGUUUAUCCUGUUCAGCGGUCAGUAUUAGCUCACAAACGAUCGUUAACUGCAAAUAAAGAGAGAUGUGGCUUUAUUACA